AUGUUUACAUCAGGAAAACUGGACAUUUCAUCCUUUUCGCUGGAUGCUGUCCCAUUAGAGGUCUACACACGACUUUUGGGUGUACCGCCUGCGGAUCUUUCGAGAAAGCCAGCACCAGCACCUGAUUCGACGCCAGAUAUACGUCCGAGCUCCCAUGGGCGGUCUGUGCCUGCACCGAGCUCCCGCGAAGAUGUGUUUGGGAUUCCCGGUCGAGAGGUCGCAUGGGGCGAACCGGCCGAAUUGACAAGUCUCAAAGGAGGCGACAACGUCUUGACUGAGCUGGACAUCGAGAUAGGUGCCUUUGGUGGGCUGAAGAGUAUUGACUUUGCUCGGAAUCAACUUGCUUCGCUGCCCCGAUCAUUUGCCGACUUGCUCCGGCUGACCUCGCUGGAUCUAAGUUUCAAUCGCCUCAAAGAGCUCCCUCCGACUGUCCUCCUCCUGCCUGCCCUGCAGAACCUGAACCUCUCUGACAACCUCAUUUCCUCCCUUGACUUCUCGUCACCUGUUCAGCCCUCUGAUGAAGGACUGUCAUACGGUGCUGGCUUCCUCACGACAUCUUUCGGCCGAGCUUCCAUCGGUGAUCGCCCAAUCUUCCCUCAGCUGGCAAUUCUCGAUCUCUCGUACAAUCUUUUGAAGAAUGAACAUUUGGAGGCGUUCAGAGGGGUCAAACUGUCCUCCCUGAGUAAACUCGACUUAUCUGGCAAUCAAUUUUCAGGGGAUAUAUCUGCCAAUGAGAUUGGACUUGUCGAGCAGAGUACACCAAAGCUUGCAACCCUGGGGAUGAACCAGAUGCCGGCGCUCAAAUCGUUUGAUGGGAGACCAGAUCUGGAGGUUCAGGUGGAAGGCAGUAACAUAGUGACCAAUUCAUCGCAAAACCCAAAUCCCGCCUCAGGUUCCGUACCUUCUUCCACGACGACGACCGUAGGGUCCAUCACCCGCAUACCUGGUCUGCCCGUCCCUCAACCUGAUCUCACCCUUACGUUCAAGACUUAUCCAGCCGCCACGUUCGAUUCCGAACCUUUGGCCAUUGGUCUGGACCUAUACCUUCCGCCUAAACCUGCCGGGCCCAAAGGCCAUCCGUUGAUCAUCUGGUUCCACGGUGGAGGACUGCUUCAAGGCAACAAGGAGAAUCUUCCUCCGCAUUUCCGCCGACUCCCUUCGCACGAAUUCACUUCGGCGGACGGAUCGAAAGAGCAGGUCGCGGUCAUAUCACCAAACUAUCGCUUGGCACCUCAAGUGCCAAUUUUGGACAUCCUGUCCGACAUCGACGCGUUGAUGGAGUUUGUCCGGACCAAGUUGAAUGACAAAGUUGGAUCAUCACAUCCGAAUCACCAGAUCGAUCUCGACAGGAUGUGUCUCUCGGGAGGAUCUGCCGGCGGAUACCUGGCACUGGUUGCCGGACUGAUCAUGCCCAAGUCAGUUCGAAUCGGAGAUAUUGGAGGGUAUCGCGGUGAGAGUGGUUCAGGACGAGGUAUCAAAUGCCUCGCUCCGUUCUAUCCCAUCACCGAUCUGGAUGAUCCAUUCUGGGCCGUCAAGACGGAUCCAGUGCCGUGGUACGGCAAACACGUAUCUGAUGAACAAGCCCGCCCACACCUGGACCUCAAAGCUGCCCCAGUGGCCAGUACUGUAUCAGGUGGACCUCGGUCCAUCCUAUACAUGUACAUGCUUCAACACAGUCUCUUCCCUUCGCUCCUAUUUCUUCGCCAACGAUCAGCCACGGUCGAAGGCGAAUCGCUACGACCCGAUCCUGAGACUCUAUCUCUGACUCGCCGACUCGCGCUCGUUCAGACAUCAGGUGCCUCGACUGCCCACUUCCCUCCUAUCUACUUUACUCAUCCCACGGCGGAUACUGCUGUUCAACCACAAGAGAAGAGUAUACAAAUGUUGAAAGAGUUAGUGAGCAGUGUCACUGUGGAGACGCUGGAUGGGCUAUUCCAUGCGUAUGAUGAGGACGCAGAGGUGGAAUGUCCAGAGUUUGUAGCUUGGUUGGAGCGAUACUUGGUGGCGGCGUAG